AUGCCUGCGCACGAUCUUACGAUUGGUGUUGGUUUUGGAACGAAACACAUUAAUGUAAACGAUCAGCAAAUCAAAUUACAAAUUUGGGAUACGGCUGGCCAGGAAUCCUUUCGAACGAUCACUCGCAGUUAUUAUCGAGGAGCAGCGGGAGCAUUGCUGGUUUAUGAUAUCACAAGACGCGAAACCUUUGAAAAUUUGCCGACAUGGUUAGAAGAUAUCCGUCAACACGCCAAUCCCAACACUGUGAUCAUGGUGAUUGGCAACAAAAGCGAUCUCGAAAGCAAGCGACAAGUGUCAACAGAGGAAGGCGAAAGAUUUGCACGCGAAAACGAUCUCUUCUUUUUGGAAGCUUCGGCUAAAUCAGCAGAAAAUGUGGAAGACGCCUUCUUAAAAACCGCCCAGACUAUAUGCAAGAAAAUUCAAAGCGGUGUCAUUGAUUUAUCAAACGAGACAACGGGCAUCAAAUUAUCCGCGCCUCAAGGUGGUUCGUCACUACCUUCUGCUAAUGCAACAUCCAACAAAGGCGGAUGUUGUUAG